AUGGCAAUUGAUAUGGAUGCAGAAGAAUUAUUAAUCAUGGCAGAUUCUGAUUUGAUCAUUCGGUAUAUUCCUCGAUUUCACAAUGAGUUAGCUGAUGCACUAGGUAGAUUAGCUACAAUGCUGCCGUAUCCGGGCAAUGUCCAUAUUGACCCUUUGGAGAUUCAAAUCCGAGAAAGACAUGGUUAUUGCAACAAGGUUGAAGUAGAACCAAAUGACCAACCAUGGUAUCAUGAUAUUAAAAGGUUCUUGAAAACAAAGGAAUACCCUGAGAAGGCCAAUGGAGACCAAAAAAGAACCAUUAGAAGGCUUGCCGACAGUUUCUUCUUAAGCGGAGAAGUGUUGUAUAAGAGAACUCUAGAUCUGAAUCUUUUAAGGUGUGUAGAUGCCAAAGAAGCCGAAAAGAUCAUGUACGAAGUGCAUUCAUGA